UAAAAGCCGAAGACUCCGAUUAUUGUCUCAGUGCAGUUGUCAGUUGCAGUUCAGCAGACCGGCUAACGGGUACUUGCAAUUCUUAAAAUUUUCUCAAUUGAUCAAAUCGAAAGAGCCAGCGAAAGGAAGUCAUCAUGUCGACCACUUUGACCAACAAGAACGUGAUUUUCGUUGCCGGUCUGGGCGGAAUUGGCCUGGACACCAGCAAGGAGCUGGUCAAGCGGGACCUGAAGAACCUGGUUAUCCUGGACCGCAUUGACAACCCGGCUGCCAUUGCCGAGCUGAAGGCAAUCAAUCCCAAGGUGACCAUCACCUUCUAUCCCUAUGAUGUGACUGUCCCCAUUGCCGAGACCAAGAAGCUGCUGAAGACCAUCUUCGACAAGCUGAAGACCGUCGACAUCCUGAUCAACGGAGCUGGCAUCCUCGAUGAUCACCAGAUCGAGCGCACCAUUGCCGUGAACUACACCGGUUUGGUCAACACCACCACCGCCAUCCUGGACUUCUGGGACAAGCGCAAGGGAGGACCAGGUGGCAUCAUCUGCAACAUUGGCUCCGUGACUGGCUUCAAUGCCAUCUACCAGGUGCCCGUCUACUCCGGCACCAAGGCCGCCGUGGUCAACUUCACCAGCUCCCUGGCGAAACUCGCUCCCAUUACUGGUGUGACCGCCUACACCGUGAACCCCGGCAUCACCCGCACCACCCUGGUGCACAAGUUCAACUCCUGGCUGGAUGUUGAGCCCCAGGUGGCCGAGAAGCUCCUGGCCCAUCCCACCCAGCCAUCGCAGGCCUGUGCCGAGAACUUCGUCAAGGCCAUCGAGCUGAACCAGAACGGUGCCAUCUGGAAGCUGGACUUGGGAACCCUGGAGCCCAUCCAGUGGACCAAGCACUGGGACUCGGGCAUCUAAACGUGAUAAACGCCCCGAAAGCAUAAAUAACAUUAGUUGAUAGGGUUCUGCGAACCACUAGAUAUUCACGCAAGGCAAUAAGGCUGAUUCGAUGCACACUCACAUUCUCCCCCUUAUAUGAUAAUGAAAAACUCACCAUGAAAAAAAACGGAAUAAUAUAUGAAAAUUGAGAAAUCCAAAA